GUCCACACCAAAUCCAACCCACAGCCAGUGGAGAGCCAGCCAAAACCAACAAGAUGACGCAUGGAGAAGAGCAAAGGUUUUAUGGGUCAUUAUAUUCUACAAAUCAUCCCAUAUGACAAUUUGUUUAGGAGAAUGGAUUGCCUCAAUGUUGGGAGCCAACUACAGUGGAAAGAGAUUUGGAAGCCUUAAGAUCUGCCUGAGCCAGGCAGCUUUAGGCCAGCAUAGGCUGCCCCAAGCUGCAGUCUUCCCUGGGUUGACUCUCAGGACCAGGAGCCCUUUGGGAGUAUAUUUUAACAGACAGAGCAGGAGUGGAGCUUCAAGAGUUGUCCAGGAGCAUAGGACCUCACCUGUCCAUUGUUCUCAGUGCGCCCAUCUCAGAUGGAUACUGCCAACUGUGCUUUGGGGCCUCUGGAUCAACCCACUUGCCCGGUCCUGUCCUCGGGGUGGGGUGCGGUGACGACAGAUGGGCGUGGCGGCUGCCAGAUUCCUGAGGCCGACCUGCUGUGGGGCUACACCCAGCCAGGGAGUCUCCAGAGGUGAGGCUGUUGUUUAAAACUGUGUAGCCAAAACAAGAGACCCCCACAUUCCCUGGGAACUCUCUGAGAAGAUUCUAGAGAAAGGAAGAGGGAAGCACACGGUGAGGUGAAGUUCUCCCUGGGGACUCCUGCUAGUCCAUGAUGACACCACUCCUCCUCCUCCUGUGGUUUGCUUUGCCUAGUCUCCUGGGCGCCCAACAAGCCUGCUCCCGUGGGGCCUGCUAUCCCCCCGUCGGGGACUUGCUCGUUGGGAGGACACAGUUUCUGCGAGCUUCAUCUACCUGUGGACUGACCACGCCUGAGACCUACUGCACCCAGCAUGGAGAGUGGCAGAUGAAGUGCUGCAAGUGUGACUCCAGGCUGCCUCACAACUACAACAGCCACCGAGUGGAGAACAUCGCGUCCUCCUCAGGCCCCAUGCGCUGGUGGCAGUCACAGAAUGAUGUGAGUCCUGUCUCUCUGCAGCUGGACCUGGACAGGAGACUACAGCUUCAGGAUAUCCUGAUAGAGUUAAAGGGUCCCAUGCCGGCAGGCAUGUUGAUCGAGCGCUCCUCUGACUUUGGCAAAACCUGGAGGGUAUACCAGUACCUGGCUAUGGAUUGUGCCAGUGCCUUCCCUCAGGUCCGCCAGGGCCAGCCUCAGACCUGGCAGGAUGUACGGUGUCAGCCACUGCCCCAGAGGCCCAAAGGGCAUCUACAUGGGGGAAAGGUUCAACUUAACCUGAUGGACUUAGCUUCAGGGAUCCCGGCAUCUCCAAGUCAAAAGAUUCAAGAGAUGGGGGACAUCACAAACUUGAGAGUCAACUUUACCAAGCUGGCCCCCUUGCCGCAGAAGGGCUACCAUCCACCCAGUGCCUACUUUGCUGUGUCCAGGCUGCGUCUACAGGGGAGCUGCUUCUGUCAUGGCCAUGCUGACCAUUGUGCCCCCAAUCCUGGAGGCCCUGCAGGUCCCUCUGCUGCUGUGCAGGUCCAUGACGUCUGCGUCUGCCAGCACAACACGGCUGGCCCAAACUGUGAGCGCUGUGCCCCCUUCUACAACAACCGACCGUGGGGGCCCGCAGAGGGCCAGGAUCCCCAUGAGUGCCAACGAUGUGAUUGCAAUGGACACUCAGAGACCUGUCACUUUGAUCCAGCUGUAUUCGCUGCCAGCCAGGGCACACAGGGAGGCGUGUGUGACAACUGCCGGGACCAUACUGAGGGCAAGAAUUGUGAGCGAUGUCAGCUACACUAUUUCCAGAACCGACGCCCAGGGGCCUCGGUUCAGGAGGCCUGUAUCCCCUGUGAGUGCGACCCAGAUGGGGCAGUGCCGGGGGCUCCCUGUGACCCAGUGACAGGCCAGUGUGUGUGCAAGGAGCAUGUGCAGGGAGAACGCUGCGACCUCUGCAAACCGGGAUUCACCGGACUCACCUUCGCCAACUCGCAGGGCUGUCACCGCUGUGACUGUAGCAUCCUGGGCUCCCGGAGGGACACGCCCUGCGACCAGGAGAGCGGGCGCUGCCUGUGUCUGCCCAACGUGGUGGGCCCCAAGUGUGACCAGUGCGCCCCCAACUACUGGAAGCUGGCCAGUGGCCAGGGCUGCGAACCAUGUGCCUGUGACCCACGCAACUCCCUCAGUCCCCAGUGCAACCAGUUCACAGGGCAGUGUCCUUGCCGGGAAGGGUUUGGUGGUCUUACAUGCAGUUCUGCAGCCCUCCGCCAGUGUCCAGACAAGACCUAUGGGGACAUGGCCACAGGAUGCCGAGCCUGUGACUGUGACUUCCGGGGCACCGAGGGUCCUGGCUGUGACAAAGCCUCAGGCCGCUGUAUCUGCCGCCCUGGCUUGACGGGACGCCGCUGUGACCAGUGUCAGCGGGGCUACUGUGACCGCUACCCAUCUUGUGUGGCCUGCCACCCUUGCUUCCAGACCUACGAUGCAGACCUCCAGGAGCAGGCUCGGCGCCUUGGUGGCCUCCGCAACACCACAGCCGCAGCAGACCUGUGGUCAGGGCAGGGUCUGGAGGACCGUGACUUGACCUCCCGGAUGUUGAAUGCCAAGAGCAAGAUUGAGCAGAUCCAGAUGAUUCUGGGCAGCACUUCAGUCACAGAGCAGGAUGUAGCCCAGGUGGCCAGUGCCAUCUUAUCCAUCAGGAGGGCUCUCCAGAGCCUGGGGCUGGAUCUGCCACUGGAGGAGGAGGUGGGGUCUCUCCCUGGAGACCUGGAGACUUUGGGCCGAAGCUUCAACCGUCUGCUCCUUCAGUACCAAAACAAGAGGGACCGGUCUGAAAGGCUAAGAAGUGCCGACCCUUCAGGAGCGUUCCGGAUGCUGACCAUGGCCUUCGAGCGGUCCUCCCAGGCUGCACGGCAGGUGUCCGGCAGCUCCGGCCUGCUGAGCCGGCUCAGGGACAGCCGCCGGGAGGCUGAGGAGCUAGAGAUGCAGGCAAGCAGAGGCGGGGGUCCUCAGCUGGCGACCCUGCACCUGGAGAUGGCUUCCCUACCUGACCUGACACCCAUCAUCAACAAGCUCUGUGGUGGCUCCAGGCAGGCAGCCUGUACCCCAGGAGCAUGCUCAGGAGAACUGUGCCCGCACAAUGGCACGGCCUGUGGCUCCCACUGCAAGGGUGCCCUCCCCAGGGCUGGAGGAGCCUUCCGCGUGGCAGGGCAAGUGGCUGAGCAACUGCAGGGCUUCCACUCACAGCUCCAGCAGACCCGGCAGAUGAUCAGGGCCGCUGAGGAAGCCGCCCUGAAGGUCCAGUCGGAUGCCCAGCGCCUGGAGACUCAAGUGAGUGCCAGCCGCUUGCAGAUGGAGGAGGACAUUAAGCGCACACGGUUUCUCACCCAGCAGGUCCGCAGCUUCCUCACAGAGCCUCAUACGGAUGCAGCCACCAUCCAGGAGGUCAGUGAGGCGGUGCUGGCCCUGUGGCUGCCCACAGACUCGGCAACAGUACUGAGCAAGAUGAGUGAGAUCCAGUCCAUCGCGGCCAGGCUCCCCAGCGUGGACCUGGUGUUGGCCCAGACCAGGCAGGACAUUGCGCGGGCCCGCAGGCUCCAGGCUGAGGCUGAGCAGGCCAGAAGCCGAGCCCAUGCAGUGGAAGGGCAGGUUGAGGAUGUGGUUGUGAACCUUCAGCAGGGUACAGUGGCCCUACAGGAAGCUCAGGACACCAUGCAAGGCACCAGCCGCUCCCUUCAGCUCAUCCAGGACAGGGUAGCUGAGGUUCAGCAGGUCCUGAGGCCGGCAGAGAGACUGGUGACAGGCAUGACGGAGCAGCUGAGUGGCUUCUGGGCACGGAUGGAGGAGCUCCGCCGCCAGGCCCAGCAGGAGCAGGCUCAGGCAGCGCAGGCCCAGCAGCUCGCGGAGGGUGCCAGCCAGCAGGCGCUGAGUGCCCAAGAGGGCUUUGAGAGAAUAAAGCAAAAGUAUGCGGAGUUGAAGGACCGGCUGCGCCAGAGUCCCACGCUGGGCCAGCAAGGCAGCCGGAUCCUGAGUGUCAAAACAGAGGCGGAAGAACUUUUUGGAGAGACUGUGGAGAUGAUGGACAGAAUGAAAGACAUGGAGUCGGAGCUGCUGCGGGGGAGCCAGGCCAUCGUGCUGCGCUCUGCGGACCUGAUUGGGCUGGAGAAGCGCGUCGAGGAGAUCCGUGGCCACAUCAAUGGGCGCGUGCUGUAUUAUGCCACCUGCAAAUGACCUCCAGCCCUGGCCUGGCCCAUGCACAUGUCCUUUCUGUCUUGGAAGGGCAUGUUAGGGCAGAAUGUUUCCUGGCUCCAGGAGAGUUUGAUGUCACCUACCCACAGCACAGGCUGGAUCACCGCAGGUGUACAGCAACUAGGGUACCUGGGCUGCCAUGGAGCCUAUGCAUGUGGGACUGCUGCAUUUGAGGAGGAGAGGGUGCAGGGGUACACCUUCACAGCUAGGAGCUCUUCAGCCAAGAACAUUGGAGUCUGACUGGGCAGUGUCCUUGCCCUCUGUCUUUAUUGUGACUGGAUCCCAUAGCAGCAUAGAAACUGAACAAAAAACAAUGUGUAAACUCAAAACCCAAUUAAAGUCUUUGUAAAGGAA